GGGGAGGGCAGGGGGCGGGGAAGAGGGGAAGGCGCUGGCGGGCAGUGAUGGCGGCGGGUGAUGGGGACGUGAAGCUAGGCACCCUGGGGAGUGGCAGCGAUAGCAGUAGCGACGGCAGCAGCGAGAGCCCGGGCGGCGCGGGAGCGGCAGCCGAAGGGGGCGGCUGGGCGGCAGCGACGUUGGCGCUUCUGACGGGGGGCGGGGAGAUGCUGCUGAACGUGGUGCUGGUGACGCUUGUGCUGCUGGGGGCCUACCGGCUGUGGGUGCGCUGGGGGCGACGGGGUUUAGGUGCCGGAGCCGGGGCGGGCGAGGAAAGCCCUGCCGCCUCACUGCCUCGCAUGAAGAAGCGGGAUUUCAGCUUAGAGCAGCUGCGCCAGUACGACGGAUCCCGCAACCCGCGCAUCCUCCUCGCGGUCAAUGGGAAAGUCUUCGACGUGACCAAAGGCAGCAAGUUCUACGGUCCCGCGGGUCCAUAUGGAAUAUUUGCUGGUAGGGAUGCCUCCAGAGGACUGGCAACAUUUUGUCUAGAUAAAGAUGCACUUAAAGAUGAAUAUGAUGAUCUGUCAGAUUUGAAUGCUGUACAAAUGGAAAGUGUUCGAGAAUGGGAAAUGCAAUUUAAAGAAAAAUAUGAUUAUGUAGGCAGACUCUUAAAACCAGGAGAAGAACCAUCAGAAUAUACAGAUGAAGAAGACACCAAGGAUCACAAUAAACAGGAUUGAACUUUGUAAACAACCAAAGUCAGGGGCCUUCAGAACUGCAAUUCUUACUCCCUUUCACAGAAUGUCCAGCAUCUUUGGGUAUGGUUCACCUGCUGUGAGGAACAUUCAACAGAUUGUGUACAAGAUAAAUGAGUCUCAUAUGAAGAUUUGAAUACUAGACAUUAUUUGUGCUGCCAAAACUCAUUUUUUGCAGUUGUUUGUAAUGUCUGGUGGGGCUUCAUCAUUCUGAGGGGGGAAAAAAAAGACAGGGAUUUUUUAAAGCGCAAGAAAGGUUACUUUUACUUUUUUCUUUUCUUUCUCCCUUUCUCACGUUACUUUAUUUUAUCAAAGACAACCAGAUAUAUAUUUGCUACUCUUGAAGUCUACAGAUCUCCUCAAAAAACCACAGAGGACUCUUAGUUCACAUACUGUGUUUUUGUUUUAGCCUUGGGUAGGGAUGGGAUCAGGGUAGGGAAGGGGGAUUGCACAUCAGUUUAAGUUGUUCAGGCUACUGAAGCAUAUUAAAAUGUAAAUUCCCAAACUUUUUUCUUUGGGCUUUUUGUCAGGGAAAAGAAAAAUUCUUUAUUUCUAAGAAAUUUUUGGAAUUUAGGAGAAGGCAUUUCAGGUGGAUUUAAGUCAAAGCUAAUUUUCCAAUAGUAAGAUCAUUUGAAACCAGUCUUUAUCCCUUCUUAUUUCCCUAGAUUAAAUCAAUAUUAAUUGUGCCUUAUUUCAUUUACAUAGACUUGAAUUAUUUUUAGGGAAAGCCCCUAUAUGAAUUCAGAAGUCACUGCAAGCAGCAUUGAGACUGAAGUUGGAACAUUCUGUUGACCGUAAAACCUUGAUACCAUUCUGUGUAUAUAGAAUGUAAAAGGAAUAUUCAGUAUUACUGCCAUAUAUGUUAAUAUACACAACUUAAUUAGCAUUGUAAUGGCCAAAUGCAUUCCCCCAUGCUUUUCUCUUUUCAAAAAAAUCAAAAAACAAAUCAACAACUCUAUCCCGCAACAGCUGCCUAAUUUUAGGAGACUGAUCCUCACAUCUCAGUGGUGUGAGUCCAUAGGGAUGUGGUAUGGAUGUCUGUAUGGGUGUGUCUGAUUGUGUGUGAGUGCCUUGGAAGGGACUCUUUCUGCAGAUACUGUAAAUACAAGUACCAUUUUAAUAAAGCAUGUACAAUAAACCAAAA